AUGCCCUCCGAGUCGACCUUAAGCGGCCGAAUGUUAAACUGCCACAUGACGUGUCAACCAGCUGCAGCGGUAAUACGUCGUCUGGUAACAUGGAUUUGGCUCUGUGCGCUGCUGGAGCAAUCCACCCUUGCUGUGAUGCCCUCAUAUCGUCGAGGUGCUGGUGCCACAUUUCAGCAUCCAGCGUAUCUUCUCAACUCAGUCACAACUCAACAUCCAUUUAACCGUUUUGGUGACACACACGCAUUCGUAGGAGGCAAGUACUGCUCUGCGCCGGCCAUUUUCACUCCUUCAUACGGUUGCAUGCACGGCUCAACAUAUGAUGGAGGCCUCAGCACCGGAUACGUUCGAGCGCGUGAUAGGAUUCCACAUUCGGACGCUUAUCAUGGCGGGAAAUUCGUGCUGUGCGCGUCGAAGAGCCAGCCGGCGACAUCUCCGGCGCUGCCUGUGUUGGACAUGACCGAGGAGGAGCACGUCGUAGCAUCUUCGAACCUGUUCAAUUUGUUCACUCGUUGUGUUAAGGCGUGCGACUCUGAUGACUUCGAAUUUGCCGUUGAAACUAUUGUGGAUUAUGUAAAGGGUUACGAUAAGUACUGUUCGCCCUUUUUCCAGGAACCGGUAGAGGUGACAACACCAGUGCUACCAUCGGAUAAGUCGCAUGAAGACCCGGCAAGUUCGUUGGACGACGCCAACACUGAUGCAGAAGGUGAAGCCGUUGAGCACAAAAAAGCUGCAUCCAUCUCUGAUAAAUCGCUUAGCUACCACUACACGUCAGAGGAGGUAGGCAUAGACGUUGACGGUGCGCAGCGUCGGUGGCGAGUGUCCAUAAAACCCAAUGUUUCACGCACAGUGCGGAGGUUGAUAAUGCAGCAUCGCAAACUAUGCGCUGGAAUCAUUGGACGCGCUAUGCACAAGAUAUCCACUUUGGAUGAUUUGAGGGCAAUAACCAGCGUCUCCCGUGACGCGGCCCGUUUGGGCAUGGUGGUACUGAAGGGCAUGUACGCCGCGAUGUGUGUUAUACACGCGAAGCUAGGUCGCGCAGAAAAAGCUUUCAAAUAUCUCGAGCGCAUGUGGGCCCUGGGCGAUCGUCGGCGCCACCGAAGUUACGAGCCGUUGUUUGAGUACUUCGAGGAACACUUGGAUGGAGACGGCAUGCUUAGCGUCUUGCGCCACAUGGUGGAAGUGGGAGGAAUGCCCAUGAGCGGUUUAGUAUUUACGCGUGUGUUGGUUACCAUAGGUCUGUCAGCCAAACGCGGUCUUUUGGAUUUAGGCAAAAGCACCCCCGUUGAGGAUAGCGCUUCUUCCCAUAGGCUGUCGAUGGCCGAGCUGCCAGCAGAUGAUGUAACGCGUAAAGUUUCAAACGAAGGAGCCCACGCGACAAACGCAUCGCCCCGAAAUGGAAAACGAGCGGCAUUAUCGGAAGUGUAUGGUACACUACGCCGCCAAUUGACAGAAGCGUUGGAAAUAUUCCACAAGCACUCCUGCAACCGGGUGUCGUUGUCGUCACGACUGGGUUAUGUGGUAUCGACAGUGCUAUCGGAUGUCGUUCCUGGCCUAGUGCACUAUACACACGUGUCACCCGGCGGUCCCUUUACUCCUUCCACGACCAAAGUGUCGAUCAACAGCCUCCGUGAUGAUAGAGGAGCUGUUCAUACGACUUCGCACAGCCACGAUCCUGAUGAAGGUGAAUCACAUGGCGUUUGUGCUAAAUGCAAACACCAUGUGCCACUUGUUCAGCUCUCCGUGGAAGACCGCCUCACUGUGUUCCGCAGUUGGCUGCAGAACAUCUACGACUACAACUUCCCCGAAAUUACCCGCUUGGCCAACUUUUAUGCAUGGUUACACGCUCCAAUGCGCGAAGGAAUGAGCUACACUUGUAUCCUGGAUGGGCAAAACAUUGGUUACCACAGGCGCCAGGACCUGAGUCCGCUCGACUUCUACAAGAUUGACACCGUGCUGCGUGAGAUGGUACGCCGCGGAGAGCGCCCGCUGGUUGUCCUUCCUCACUAUGCGCGCGCAAAUUCUCCCGCUGCAUGUGACGUUCUCGAGCCGGAGACUAUCGACUUGCUGUUCCCAGGCCACAAGUUGCCCCGCAAGCCCAUAACCCUCUCGAGUGCAUCUCCAUCUCGGCCGAAGCGCUACAGCGCUGCCGAGAUCGACAUGAUAAACCGUUGGACAGAUGCGAAACAGGUAUAUUUCUGCAAGGUUGGAAGCUACGAUGACAACUAUUUCCUCCUGGCGAACGUCAUGACGGGGUGUGCGGAGGAGCUUGCCGUGCUGGGCGGUUUCCUCAAAUCAAGUUUGAGCCUUUCGUUAGCACAAAAGGAUGAAACCGACACAUCGGUUUCGGCAGCUGAUUUGCCUGACCCUAAAGUGGAGGACUACGUAAAUGCAGUUGACCCCGCACUGCACCGCCCAAUGAUGAUCACGGUGACGAACGACAGCCUUGCAAACCUGGAAAUACCCGGUGUAGAAGAGCGUUUGAUGCGCGCAUUGCGCGACAUACCGCUGAGCCCGUAUUUCUUCAUCGGCGACGAAGCCUGGCGUGGCAAUGCACAUACAGGUAGCUCAGCUGGUGGCUAUGGCGGGAACGCCGUGGUCGGUCAAAGGCUUAAGUAUUCGCUAGAGAUGUCCUCAUCGGGUAACGGAAGAUACCACAUCCCCCUCGGAUAUGAACGCAAGGUGAUCGACUACAGAGCUCGACACACAGUGUGGGUGACCCGCAACGAGAAGCCGCGAAUCGACCCCCCAGCUGCGGGCCUGUUCCUCGACACACUUGGUCCGUCGCCGAAAAAAGGCGAACAAAACAUGGAUCCUGAGCUGGUUCAAGUGCAGGCAUGGCUGGAUAAGCACGGUUACACGGAAUUGCUACAGCGUCUGGGGCCCAGGAUGCCGGAGCGCAACAUACGCCUCCGGCAUCCUCGAGGAUACGGGAUCACCACGCGGACGCCGGAAGCAAUGAAGCAAAAGUUCAACCCUUCGCAGCAAACACGGUGGCUGUGUGUAGACCUGUCCGCGAUAGACAACGUCGCAACCAGCACCGUGGAGUCGUGA